AUGGUUCGGGUGCGGGCUGUGGUGAUGACCCGAGACGACUCAAGUGGGGGUUGGGUGCCCAUGGGCGGAGGCGGCCUGAGCCACGUCAUCAUCUGCAAAGUCCGGCGCCCAGAGGAAGGGCGUCGUCGCCAGUACCUGAUCAGCGGGGAGCGCCUGCGGGACCAAACGGUGAGAUCGACAGGGCUUUUAUUCGGGGAGAAGACGGGGUUCGUGACGUGCAGCUGGCGGGAAGGGAAAGAGGAGGUUGCAAACCAGAAGAGCCCACCAUUGAAAUAAACUCAGCAAAGGGGUUUGGCUGUAACCUUCGACGCCUCCCUUUCCGUGGAGCAUAGCUGUCAACCGUCCCUUAUUUGGCGGGAAACUCCCUUAUCCCAGCGCCGUGUCCCGCUGCUGUCCCUUAUUGAUGAUGUCCCUUAAAUUCCCCAGGUUUCAAAGGAAGCAGCUCCUCUCCCUCCCUCCCUCCCUACCUACCAGGGAGGAGGGAGGCUCCAGCUGUGUUGCUUGGCUGCGUUGCUCACCCAAUAAGGAGUCUAAGAACGACGGGGCGUGGAGCUUGCAUGCCUUGUGCCGAUCAAAUCGGCCGCGUUGCCUGGGGCCUCGCCUUUGCUCAGCGCUUCCCAGCAGAGAGGUGACGGUGGUUUUCCUUGCUGCAUCCCCUUUGCUGGGUUGCUGCGCUGUGGGAACCACCGCUUGAGGCUUUGUUUGGCUGCUGGCUGGGCUUUCUGCCUUUGGCUUGGAGGGGCUCAGAAGUCGAACAUACGAUGUAUACUGCAUAGGUGUCAAUCGUCCCUUAUUUGGCGGCAAAGUCCCUUAUCCCAGCGCCGUGUCCGGCUGCUGUCCCUUAUUGAUGAUGUCCCUUAAAUUUCCCGGGUUUCAAAGGAAGCAGCUCCUCUCCCUCCCUGCCUGCCGGCCAGGGAGGAGGGAGGCUCCAGCUGUGUUGCUUGGCCUCUGGGAGCCCCUCCCCGCCGGGACUGGCGGGAGCCUCGGGCCCUUCUGCCGCCAUCCUCCUUGUGGCCGCUGAACUGAGCAUCUCUGCCUGGGGCAGCAUCUUCGUAGCUUGGACUUCGUUUUGCGCAAAAAGUGGUUGCUGCUUGUAGUUAUUCAAUUGCAGUGUUUCAUCAGCUUCAGCAGCAACCUCUGGAAAUGAAGGGCUAAAAACCGGCGCUGCUCUCCAAAAUUAUCUGGUCCCUUUUAACUUCAUAUUUCAGUUGGCUGAUUAAAAUCCCUUAUUUUGGCUGCUGAUCCCUUAUUUUCAAGGCCGCUGAUUCCUUAUUUUCAAAUCUGAAAGUUGACAGCUAUGCCAACGUACCCCAGAAGGAGCACGCCGUGUCCCCCCGCCCCCCGAGGGUACUACUCUUCCUCUAACACCCCUCUGGGAAUAGUAGCUCUGUGAAACCAUCCCACCCGCUGAAAGGGGCUGCACAUAAGUCAAAGCCAAAGGCCUGGCAAAAACUAAAUGUUUUUUUGUCUACUAAAGAUCUGGCACCAGGUGAGCCUUCCCAGGGAGAGCAUUCCACAAGCAAGGUGCCACCACUGAAAAGGCCUGCUGUCGUGUCGCCGCCCUCAGAACCUCCAGCGGAAGUGGCACACAGAAUAGGGCCUUCGGUGGCAAUUGCGGGUUGCGAGGUCCUGCUAUCUUUGUUUGGAGAGGAGCUUUUGCUUACAGGGUCACAGCCUCCCACUUCAAGGGGCAGGGCAGAUGCAGAUUUGGGGCGAAUCCAGCCCUUUCUCCCCUCUUUCCCAGCCUUUGACCUUGGGUGGCUGCUGUUCGCCCUCAACCUCCUUCUUUCCCUACGGCAGACCAUCUUGGAGUGUGCUCUGAAGAGGGACCUCGUCUACAACAAGGUGAACCCCAUUUUCCACCACUGGAAAGUCGGAGACAACAAGUUUGGCCUCACUUUCCAGAGCCCUGCCGACGCCGUGGCCUUCGAGAGAGGGGUGCAAGCUGCCCUGGAGGAGAUUGCUGAAGGUGAGGGGGCAGCAUGGGGGGCAAGAGUCAGGGGCAUCAGUGCUGCUUGCCAGGUUUCUCACACUAUGCACUCACCCCAUGCUUUUCAACAUCUACAUGCAGCCACUGGGAGAGAUCAUCAGGGGGUUUGGGAUGGGUGUUCAUUAGUAUGCGGAUGACAUCCAGCUCUACCUCUCUUUCAAAUCAGAACCAGCGAAGGCAGUGAAGGUCUUGUGUGAGUGUCUGGAGGCGAUUGGAGGAUGGAUGGCGGCUAAUGGAGUUUAAAAAUUUUUUAUUUUUUAUUUACAGAAAGACUCAUUCUUGCUGGUAUAAUCUUAAUAUUUACAACCAGAUGAAGGCUUCAUUUUCAGAAUAACAAAUUUUCAGAGUAGUUUUUACAGUUAAAUCAGAAAUUACUGAUUUGGCUAUACGAUUAGAAAUACAUAAACAGAUAAUUAUGAAAUUAUUGUGAGGUUUAAUAAGUUAACUGCUUGUAUUUGGAAAUCUUUUCUGCUGUACUUUAUUGGAAGGAGACAAAUAAUCAUUUCCUUAAUAACAAUUUAUUUAACUAGAACAAUACAGUGGUACCUCAGGUUACAUACGCUUCAGGUUACAUACGCUUCAGGUUACAGACUCUGCUAACCCAGAAAUAGUACCUCGGGUUAAGAACUUUGCUUCAGGAUGAGAACAGAAAAUGUGCAGCAGCGGCGCAGCAGCAGCGGGAGGCCCCAUUAGCUAAAGUGGUGCUUCAGGUUAAGAACAGUUUCAGGUUAAGUACGGACCUCCGGAACAAAUUAAGUACUUAACCUGAGGUACCACUGUAACAUUAUAGCAUAUGUAUCCAUGUUUGUUAACUGAAGUGGUUAAACAAUUUAAAAAACAACGAACUUUAGCAUGCAUGAAAAACUUAAAACAAAUGAAUAUUUCCUGAUGAAUAGCCUUUGAACUAUAAUGUAACUUAAAUAGAAAACCAUCUUUAGAAAAAAAAAAAUUCCCCAAAAAAGCAUUUUAUUUUAAAAAUCCAAUUUAAAUAAUUUUUAUUUUAAAAAAUUGAUUAUUUUUUUAAAACCAUUGACUUUUAUCCAUCCUGCUCAAGAGUGCAUGGUACUAUUUGCAGCCUAGCUGAAGCUUUGCUGUUUAAAAUGGGAUGGGGGUUUUUUUUUAGGGGGUGGGGGUUGGUGGCAUAACUUUUACCCCUCUGUUUUCAUUCUCUCAGGUUCCCUCUCACCUUCCUCUACCUCCUCCUCCCAGGACGACGCCGACGGGACAGAUGAAGUUCUUGCCGUAAGCAGUUUCCUGACAUUUCACUCGCGGCGCUUCUGAGUGUGUGCAGAGUGCCUUACUUCCUUGGCAGGAAUCAUACUGUAGCCUUAUUAGAGUUUACCGACUGGUGGGGUCUGCGUUGUUCCCGGGAGGGAGGAAGGAAGUCAAAUGAUACUGAGGUUGAUUCAGAGAAAGAGUUUAUUCUGCUCUCCAGAUAGCAGAAGGCACUUGCGUGGUCAGUCCACAGCAAGUCCAAAGAAAUGAGAGAUUUCAUGCAGUAUAUAUAUCUUCCAGGCAACCUCUCCCCCCUUCCCCAGGAAUCCAGCCACGUCAGCCUAUACACGCAAGUUGACAUCACAGAUGUUCCUGCUCCUUACUCUUAAUAAAAGGGUUUUCCUCUUCCUGUACUUUUGACCAUAAAAGGGUGUUCCUGUUCCUGUUCCUAUACUCUUAUAUUGGAGCAAGUGGUCACCAACUCCUGGCGCCGUUCCCGGACUAAGUCUGAGCGUCAGAGUGUGGUCUUAAUGUAAGAUAAGAUAGACAGAGUGCCAUCCCUGCUCCCCUGGAACAGCCAAGGCCAUCCAUUGCCAUCACGGACUGAUAAAGGAGAGCGCUUUGAGCACUUGUUUAUACAGCUGGCUUUCUGUUUAUACAUUGACUCAUGAGCUCAAGUUAAUGCAUUUUAGAAAUGCUCCCUUGCAGCAGGGGGGAAAAUGUGGAUUUUGGGUCCCAUUUCAGACUGACUGUACAGUCAGGUUUUUAGAUUUGGGAAACCCAUUCCUUCAAUACAACCACAGAAUUGUAGAGUUGGAAGGGACCUGAGGGUCAUCUAGCCCAACCCCGGGCAAUGCAGGGAUCUUUCGCCCAACGUGGGGCUCAAACCUAUGACCCUGAGAUUAAGAGCCUCGUGCUCUACCAACCAAACUUAUCCCAGCAGCUCUUCCACCAAAAACACCAAAGGGUUGCGUUCCAACGUUCGUCAAGCCCUUUGGAAUUAACGGGCAGGAAUAGCUUAGCUCCAUUAGUUUCACUGGGUCUACUCUGUAUCUAAUUUAGUUGGGUGCACUCCAAAAUCUGCACAAGGGAGUGCUUGCUGCACAAGAUGGACCUGAUCCUGCACAGCUCUUCUUAGAAUCUCAUGAACAUCCCAGGAAAUCCCAGAAUGUGCGUUUUGGUUUGGCUUUCCAAAAUAAUAAUAAUAAUAAUAAAAAUAAAAUAAUAAUAAUAAUAAUAAUAAUAAAUUUUAUUUAUACCCCGCCCUCCCCAGCCAAGACCGGGCUCAGGGCGGCUAACACCAAAUAUAAAAACAAUUGAUUGAAAUACAGCUUAAAAAACAAGAUUAAAAUACAACAUUAAAGCAUUAAAAUGCAGCCUCAUUUCAGUGGAAACUCAAUCAAAAACUUCUGGGGGGAUAAAAACGUCUGGCUAACUAUCCAGACUGGUCCUACGUGGGCCAGUAAAAAGCCAGGGAAGUCCCCAAAUAGGAGUUCCAACACAGAAGGAGAAAGGAAAAAAGAAAGAGGGGAAGGGGAUCAACCUGAAUCAAGAUUAUUUCCCUCAUGAUUACCAACAAAGGGUUUGCAGGAGCAUGUCCAUUGCCUGAUGAAAAUUUGGAAAGCUGGGGGGGGGGGUUUUGGGGGGGGAGUGGGCUGACUCUAAUGCCAGCUAGGCCAGAUGGACAGAAAGCCAUGAAACAUAUUGGAUGAGCUUGGACCGCUCACUCACUCUCUCUCAGCCCAGCCUUACCUCACAGGGUUGUCGUGACGAUAAAAUGGGGAGGAAGAGAACCCACGUACCCCCACCUUGAGUGUCCCAAAGUUGCAGUGUGUGCUGGUCCCAAGGGUUAACCAUGCGGCGAGUCCAGUCCGAGGUCAAGGGUGCGGUAUGGAGGCUGUCCAUCAAAGGUGAAGCGGGGUCCAAGGCAGGGAGUCAGGUGAGGUCAGGAACUCUGGAAGAAGAGCUGGACAGGGUUCAGACAGGAACUAGCAACCAACAAUGUUGCUCCCACAACUUGGGACUGGGGCUGGCCGGCUUUUAUCUGCCCCGAGGCAUAGGGAGGCCCCGAUCCUCUGGUGACUCGCCUCUCCUGGCCUGGAGGCGAGCACUCCUCCUGCGGGAACUUAGUUCCCUCCGCCUCUCUGCCCUGAGCCUCUGCAGCUCAGGAGAGGCUGGAGGGUUACCGGACCCAGAGGUGACCUCAGCUUCCUCUGACGGGGCUGAGAGUGGAGCACCUGCAGGCAAUGGGUCCUCCAUCACCUCAGGAGCCAGAGCAGGCUCAGCUGAUGCCUGCACCUGAGGAUCCAGCACAGGUGUGGACCCUUCAGGCUCAAGCCCCAGCCCCGGCUCAGCUGGUUCUGGAGUCGGGGACUCCUGUGCUGGGAUCCCUCAUGUUCAGCCUCCAAGUCCAAAUCCCAGGCCAUCACACAGUGUAAUGCAACGGAUUAAAAUAAAUAACUGAAGUUUUGCACAUUCUGCGUGCCUCUCGACGGGGACUGAGCUUUUGGACUUCAGAAACGGGCAUCUAACCUGAGACGCAGUUUGGCUGCAAGCCACCUCCAUGCCAGUAGGGGCACUGUGGGCCAGGCAACCAAGAGAAGAAGCCAAUGUCUGGACCAGGGGUCAGCAAACUUUUUCAGCAGGGGGCCGCUCCACUGUCCCUCAGACCUUGUGGGGGGCCAGACUAUAUUUUGAAAGAAAAAAAAUGAAUUCUUAUGCCCCACAAAUAACCCAGAGAUGCAUUUUAAAUAAAAGGGCACAUUCUGUUGGGAUGCGUCCAAGGAAAUGGGGGCAAAUGGCAGGCCCCCAGCUGGCUCCAGCCCACCGGCUGGCAGCCAAGCGAUCUCCGGUCCUUGGUUCAGCAUGUAACCGCGGCUUGAGCUUCAUAAACCUUCAGAAGCUGAGCAUGCAAGCCAACAGUGAAUAAAACUUUUCGCAACAGAAGGGCAGAUAGAGGCUGUCUAAAGCGUAUAUACAGGCCUUUUAUUCAGCAUCGGGACAAAGGGGAAAACAUGUCUUCUCCCCUUCGUGUCCAAGCAAAAAGCAUAAGCAAAAGCUAUACACAAACGGAGGUUCCCAGCAAGCUGUGCCAGAAUGUAAACAGGCAUGUGACACGCAACAGCCUGUUCCUCUUAAGGUGGAAUGUAAUAUCUUAACACAUUCUUCUUGUUGUUGUUGUUUAGUUGUUUAGUCGUGUCCGCCUCUUUGUGACCCCCUGGACCAGAGCACGCCAGGCACUCCUGUCUUCCACUGCCUCCCACAGUUUGGUCAAACUCAUGCUGGUAGCUUCGAGAACACUGUCCCACCAUCUCGUCCUCUGUCGUCCCCUUCUCCCUGUGUCCUCCAUCUUUCCCAACAUCAGGGUCUUUUGCAGGGAGUCUUCUCUUCUCAUGAGGUGGCCAAAGUAUUGGAGCCUCAGCUUCAGGAUCUGUCCUUCCAGUGAGCACUCAGGGCUGAUUUCCUUCAGAAUGGAGAGGUUUGAUCUUCUUGCAGUCCAUGGGACUCUCAAGAGUCUCCUCCAGCACCAUAAUUCAAAAGCAUCAAUUCUUUGGCGAUCAGCAACUCUCCACUAUGACCUGUCCAUCUUGAGUGCCCUGCUCGGCAUAGUUCAUAGCUUCUCUGAAUUAUUCAAGCCCCUUCGCCACGGCAAGGCAGUGACCCAUGAAGGGGUAAUACAUUCUAUUCAUGUAAAAACAUGCUGAUUCCCGGACCGUUCAAGGGCUGGAUUGAGAAGGCGAUUGGGCCGGAUCCUGCCCCCGGGCCUUAGGUUGCCUACCCAUGGCCUGGACCAAGGGGUAGUGUGGGACUCCGCCAACUCUCUUUUUCUCUUUCUAGGUCCACACGGACAGUGAGUCCUCGUCGAACAGCCGCAAGGAAAUGCUGCCCAAACCCAUCACCAUCGUCACCAGUGAGUCCUCCUCCAGCUGCUACUUGCGGUCCCCGGUCUCCGAAGAGUUCUCCUUCAGCACGGCGCAGGGAGCAACGUCGAGCGGGCCGGUACGUGUCUGGGGCUGGGGUUGUCUCUGGGGCUUCUGGGUUAUAAAAUGUGGUUGUUUUGAGGAGCCCUUUCUGCUGUGGGGUGUACUCUUCAAACUACAGUGGUACCUCGGGAUGCGAACAGGAUCCGUUCCCGAGCCCCGUUCACAUCCCGAAUGGAACGCAAGAUGCGACGGCACGUCUGUGCGGGUUGUGUUUCGCCGCUUUUGCGCAUGCGCGUGACGUCAUUUUGAGCAUCUGCGCAUGCGCGAGCGGCGAAACCUGGAAGUAACGCACUCUGUUACUUCCAGGUUGCCGCGGAGCGCAACUCAAACAUGCUCAACCUGAAGCACAUUCAACUCGAGGUAUGACUGUAUUUAUUUAUGUAAUUACAGUGGUACCUCGGGUUAAGAACUUAAUUUGUUCUGGAGGUCUGUUCUUAACCUGAAGCACCACUUUAACUAAUGGGGCGGCUGUGUUGCCGCUGCACGAUUUCUGUUCUCAUCCUGAAGCAAAGUUCUUAACCCGAGGUAAUAUUUCUGGGUUAGUGGAGUCUAACCUGAAGCGUCUGUAACCCGAGGUACCACUGUAUUCAUUCAUUCUUGUACCCUGUCCAUCUAACUGGGCUGGCGCCUUCCAAUAAAAUUACAGGGAAAACAACCACCACCACCAUUAAAACCUUUCUGAUUCAAGAACAAUCAAAAGAAACAUUCAGACAAUUAAGUGCAGUGCGGUAUACAGUGGUACCUCAGGUUACAUACGCUUCAGGUUACAGACUCCGCUAACCCAGAAAUAGUGCUUCAGGUUAAGAACUUUGCUUCAGGAUGAGAACAGAAAUCGUGCUCUGGUGGCGCGGCAGCAGUGGGAGACCCCAUUAGCUAAAGUUGUGCUUCAGGUUAAGAACAAUUUCAGGUUAAGAACGGACCUCUGGAACGAAUUAAGUACUUAACCCGAGGUACCACUGUAGAAUAGUAUCAAAAUGAUUUUUUUAAUUGCAGAAUACGCUUAGAUAUUCCCAGAGCAUUCCACAGUUCUGCACGGCAUGUUGUCGUGAGCAGGGCUUUUCAACUCUGACAGAUAUGAAAGAUCGGAGAAGAGAAAGGCUUCUCUGUGCUGAUGAGAUGAGCCUGUUUGCCUCAAGUUAGAACUAAAAUAAAUGAGAUUGCAAGCAAGCUCGCACUUCUCAUCUCAGUUUGUAUACCUACUUAAGGUACGUAUGCAAGAGGCUUGUUUAUAAUUAUGUUUGGGUAUGAUUCCUGUUCUUAGGUACCUGCACUGUUUUAUACUUUCUGUAUGUCCCCUGACCAUAUUAUAAAGCAGUUGUGUUCUAUGUUACAAAUCAAGCACUGCUAAGAGUGGCUUUAUUUUUUUAAAAAAAAAUUAAAUCAAACUUUAUUAUACAGAAAUAUUAAAAUACAUACAAUAUAAAACAUUACAUUUCAGACAUUACAAAUUAUAAAUAUACAAAAGAAAAUAGAAGAAGAAAAAGAAAAGAAAUAGAAGAUGGUUUUAUUUACAAUUAAAAAAUAACUUUCCGACGAUACCCGUUGUACUAUUUUGAGAUUAGUUUCUUUACACAGUUUCCUGAAAAUAUUUUUCUCUGUUUUGAUUCUAGUUUCCUCCCAUAUUACCUUAUGUUACAAAACUCAUUCAAUAUCUGCCAUAAAGCUUUUGUUAUCACCGUAACCUUUGAGAUAUUCUUUGAUUACUAUCCAUUCUUUAUUAACAUCUUGUAUCGAGUUUCCUCUCACUAACCCAGUUAUCUUUGCUAGCUGUAGGUAUUCUACCAAUUUGGUCUGCCAUUCGAUUUUGGAGGGGAUGGUUUCGCUUUUCCAAUUUUUCGCAGUUAGAAUCCUGGCAGCAGUUGUGGCAUGCAUGAAUAGUGGUCUAACCUUCUUCUUGAUUUCCGUUGUCAUGAUUCCUAAUAAGAAAGCCUCGAGUCUUUUAGUGAAUGGGAGCGUGAACAUUUUUUGUUUAACUCAUUAUAAAUGAUGUCCCAGAAUUCUUUAAUCUUUUCGCACUCCCACCACAUAUGCAAGUAUGUUCCAAUUCCGUUUUUUGGCUUAUUUUAUGUUUCCCAGUUCUUAAUACAGUGGUACUUCGGGUUAAAUACUUAAUUUGUUCUGGAGGUCCGUACUUAACCUGAAACUGUUCUUAACCUGAAGCACCACUUUAGCUAAUGGGGCCUCCCGCUGCCGCCGCGCCGCCGGAGCACAAUUUCUGUUCUCAUCCUGAAGCAAAGUUCUUAACCUGAAGCACUAUUUCUGGGUUAGCGGAGUCCGUAACCUGAAGCGUAUGUAACCUGAAGCGUAUGUAACCCAAGGUACCACUAUAAAAAAAAAUUGGUGGGGCACUCACAAAUGUUGAUCCUGAAAGUGUGGCCCGGAGGAAAACAGUUUGAGAGCCACAUGCUUUUAGGGAUUUUGCAUUUUAAGUGCUAUUGGCGGUAGCGCUUGGCUGGGUUUCUCCACCCUGCUUCGGCUGUGCGAUGACCACACCUGUGUCCUUUCUGUCCCCUUCCCCGCGGCAGGUGCAGCCCCAGACCUUGCAGCAGCUGAUGCUCCCCGACGAAGAGGAGCUGGAGAGCAUCACCCCUUGCAAAGAGCUCUGGGUAACCAAAGGCUACGAGGACUACCGCCGGGCGGUGGUUCAGAAGCGGCAAAUGGACCCGGACAAAAUCGACAUGUGCGUCCACUUCGAGAAGGGAGGCGGCGGUGGCGGCGGCAAGUCUCCGCGGGAGAAAGAGUACUGCUUGCCCCCCGGGGCCGAAGGGCGGCGCAAGGACCCCAAGGCCUCUCCGUCCUGCCACAUCCAUGGCGCCCCCUCGCCGCCGCGGCACAAGCCCCUGAAGGAGCAGCAGCAGCAGCAGGCGCCCCCCGGCGCGCCAGGCGUGGAGGAGGACACGGUGCCCUCCCGCUGCGUCUACUGCCGGGACGUCUUUAACCACGAGGAGAACGGGCGCGGGCAGUGCCAGGACGCCCCCGACCCCAUCGGCCGCUGCGUCUACCAGUUCACCUGCAUGUGGUGUGCGGAGAGCAUGCUCUACCACUGCAUGUCGGACUCCGAAGGAGAGUAUUCGGACCCCUGCUCCUGCGACACCGGGCACCCGCACUUCUGCAUCCGCUGGAUGGCGCUCGUCACCCUCUCCCUCGUCGUCCCCUGCAUGUGCUGCUACCUGCCCCUCCACGCCUGCCACACGUGCGGCGAGCACUGCGGCUGCUGCGGCGGCAGGCACAAGGCGGUGCGGUGA